AUGUCAUCCUAUCAGCCACGGAUCAACGAAACAAAGAAUGAUUCCAGCAGCGUAACAUUACCCGCCUGCCCUCCAUGGCACGCAGCUUACCCUGCCCCAAGAAAAACAGCAGGCUCAAUUUCUCGUUUGGAGAUUCUUCGAUGGUUUAAUACGGGCAAGAAGGUCGGGAGAGACUUUGUCUUAGUGGACCUACGCCGCACAGACUUCGAGGGCGGUACAAUCCGAGGCUCGUUGAAUCUUCCAGCACAAAGCUUAUAUCCCACUAUUCCAACACUUUAUACCCUGCUCUCUCAAGCUGGAGUCCCCAAGGUGGUGUGGUAUUGCGGAUCCUCUCGAGGACGGGGAACGCGUGCGGCUGGCUGGUUUGCCGGAUACAUUGAGGAGCAAAAAGACGGAGUAAUGGAGAGCCUCGUGUUAGAGGGAGGAAUCAAGGGCUGGGCGGCAGCUGGCGACGAGUAUACUCGACUGAUGGAUGAUUAUGAUGCAUCAAAAUGGAAAGAAUAG